UUCUAGAAGUGAUUGGAGGGCUUUUUUCCCGGAGAAAAUAAGAAAACCAUCCAGGAUUUUUUUGUAUGUCUGUUUUCUCGGCGCCGCAAUGGGGAUGUAACCGGCUUCACGCGUGCGUUUGGAAGUGGCGCGAGAGGAGCAAACUGCAGCUUGGUGCUUAAUCGAAAAUCGAUCCGGUGGGCUCUUUUUUAAAUUUUUUUUAUGUGAAGCUGCACCAGAGGUUCUUUCUCCUCUCCUCUCCUCCUUCCCCUCCCUCCUCUCACCUCCAACAUGACUUCACUGUCAGGGACCAAGGAGAGGUCUGUGAGCAGCCGGAGCAGAAAAUAUGGGAUGCCUGAUACUUCCCCGACCAAAUCUGCUUCCUUUUUCCCGGACACAUGGUACCGAAAGGCCUACGAGGAAAACACUCGCUCCGGCACGCGCCCUGCCCCGGAGGGUGCCGGCUCCAUGCCGAGCUCCACGGGCACCCCGUCCCCAGGCUCAGGGAUCUCCUCACCGGGGUCUUUCUCCGGAUCACCGGGGACCAUCUCUCCGGGGAUUGGGACAGAAUCGCCGGGUUCUCUGGGUGGCUCCCCGGGUUUUGGGACAGGGUCACCGGCCUCAGGCAGCGGAAGUUCCCCCGGUAGUGAAAGAGCAAUUUGGUGUGAGAACUGCAACGCUAGGCUGGCAGAGCUGAAAGGACAAGCAUUGAAACUUCUCAUCCCCGGACCCUACUCCAGCAAGGAUCCCUCCUUCUCUCUCCUCCUUCACGAUAAGCUUCAGGUGCCCAACAGUUCUCGGCGGGCGUGGAACGAACGUGACAGUCGCUGUGAUGUCUGCGCCACUCACCUCACGCAGCUCAAACAGGAAGCCGUGCGAAUGGUCCUCACUCUCGACCAAUGGGAUUCGUCUCCCCCCUCUUCGCCCCCGGCCCUCUUUGGAAGAUGUGGAUCUCAAGGGCCCGCGGGUCCAAUGGGAGCGUCUGGAGCACCGGGAGGUCCUGGUUCACGGGAGUGGAUUCCUGCUUUUCUUCCUUCCUCUUACUCUUCAGCCGUUGCUGUCGUUUCACACUCGUCCUCCCAAUCACCUUCUCCAAGUCUCAGCCAGACCCCGACGCCGAGCCCGAGCCACGGACCGCUCAACCCCGGCCAUGGGAGUCCCACGGUGGGACCCACAAACCCACAACCUCAAGGUCCAGGUCACAGAUUGGGGUCCAAGCCCAGUUCCCUGGGGCUUGGAGGUGGGGUGGACAGAAGGAAUGGGUCCCCCAGUUCAGGGAAAGCUGCCCAACCAGUGACUGGAGUAAACAGCACUGGCAAUAACAGUGGGAACGGAAGUACAACAGCUCUGCAGGCCCAUCAGCACCUGAACCGAACUCAUGGAGGAGUUACACUCUACCCGUACCAGAUCUCCCAGAUGAUCUCCGAGGACUCCAGAGAAGGUCUGACCGAGGCGGCUCUGAACCGCUACAACACGAACUCUCCUUCACACACCAAUUCCACAUCGCGCACAAACUCGCCGUCUCACACGCCGGCUGUGACCACGACCGCGCCGACCACCACCUCCGCUGCCGCCUCCUUCUUUGCCAGAGCCGCACAGAAGUUGAACUUGGCGUCCAAGAAGAAGAAGCAGAAGACCGCGGCGGUCCUGGCCCCGGUGACGACAUCCUCCCCGCCAUGUGACCCGCCGCUGUUCCCCACCAAUUUCAGCUCCGCUCUGCUGAUGGCCCCUCCCCCGGCUCCACCCUGCCUUCUCCGUGCAGCCAACAAGAUCAAAGAUACACCUGGGCUUGGAAAGGUGAAAGUGAUGGUUCGCGUGUGCCCGGAGUCUCAGUCGGACGCAGCCGAGUCCAGCUCCUUCCUCAAAGUGGAUCCCAGGAAGAAACAAAUCACCAUCAUGGACCCCUCAGUCAAUCAGACACUCAGCGCUGCCUCCCAGAAAAAGGCGGGAGCCAAUCAGGUCCCUCCAAAGAUGUUCACCUUUGAUGCUGCUUUCCCUCCUGAUGCAUCACAGGCGGAGGUGUGCGCGGGAACGGUUGCCGAGGUGAUCCAGUCGGUGGUGAACGGAGCAGAUGGCUGCGUCUUCUGCUUUGGACACUCCAAACUGGGUAAAUCCUACACCAUGAUUGGCCGUGAUGACUCUCUCCAGACUCUGGGGAUCAUCCCCUGUGCCAUCUCCUGGUUGUUUAAACUCAUCAAUGAGAGGAAGGAGAAAACAGGAGCACGUUUCUCCGUCCGCGUCUCUGCAGUCGAGGUUUGGGGAAAAGAGGAGAACCUUAAGGAUUUGCUGUGUGAAGUCGCCACAGGCAGUUUACAGGACGGACAGUCACCUGGAGUCUACCUGUUUGAGGACCCCAUCUGUGGCAUGCAGCUCCAGAACCAGUCUGAACUGCGUGCUCCGACCCCGGAGAAGGCCGCCUGGUUUCUGGAUGCAGCCAUUGCAGCUCGCCACAGCAGCCAACGCCCCAACACCACCGAAGAAGAGCACAGAAACUCACACAUGCUCUUUACACUACACAUAUACCAAUACCGCAUGGAAAAGACGGGCAAAGGAGGAAUGUCAGGAGGUCGCAGUCGCCUCCACCUGCUGGACUUGGGCAGUUGUGAUCUCAAAGUACUAGGAGGAGGAGGAGAAGGAGGGGGGGAAAGCAGGGAGAACACUUCGCCCAGCUCGGCCCCUCUGUGCCUUUCUCUGUCUGCCCUCGGCAACGUGAUCCUGGCCCUGGUCAACGGGAGCAAGCACAUCCCAUACAAGGACAGCAAGCUGACCAUGUUGCUAAGGGAGUCGCUAGGCAACAUGAACUGCCGGACCACCAUGAUUGGUCACAUCUCUGCCUCGCCCAGAGAUUUCUCAGAAACCCUUUCCACCAUCCAGAUUGCUUCCCGCGUCCUUCGCAUGAAAAAGAAGAAAACUAAAGUCACGGUGCAAUACACUUCCAGCUCCUCCGGAGGAGAGAGCUCCUGCGAGGAGGGUCGCAUGCGUCGGCCGACCCACCUGCGACCUUUCCAUCGACGCGGCGACUCCGACUCCGACCUUCCGCUGCUGCACCUGUCCAGCGACCCCGACGAAUACUCCAGCAGCGAGCAGUCGUGUGACACGGUGAUCUACGUGGGCCCGAACGGGGCCGCCGUGUCGGACAGAGAGCUGACGGACAACGAGGGGCCGCCGGAAUUUGUACCGAUUAUUCCCGCCUUGCUUCGAGGUAAAACGUCAGAGCAGCAUCAGACACAAAGUCAGAGUCAGGCGGCUGGAGCCCAGAACAAGGUGCAGCCUCAGCCAGAGGACCAACCCGCUGCCUCCUCUCAGCCGCUGCCUCAGCCCCCUCAGUCACUGCUCGGCCAGCCGCUGGCCCCCGUCCCAGAGGAAGGAGGCGAGUGUCUGAAAUGCAACACCUUCGCCGAGCUGCAGGAGAGACUGGGAUGCAUUGAUGGCAGCGAGGAGGUGGCAAAGUUCCCCUUUGAAGAAGUUCCAGCAAACAAACAAGGUGCCAAACCAGAGCCGUGUCCAUCUGCAGCCCUGUCUGCUCCGGACUCUGCUGCUGUGUUGGAUACAGAAACUAACACAGGCCCUGCAUGUGCUGUGGGUGGUGCAGUGCAGUUCUCCUCCUCGGCAACUACGGCCUCCAGGAGGAGGACCAAUGACCAGCAGCUGCAGGAGAUUAAGGAGGUGGUGGAAGAAGCCGAGCUGGCUCAGACGAUGAUCCACAACCUGACUCAGAGUUCUGGUUCCCCCAUCGUUACCAGGAGUGUCACAGGAAGCAGCAGCAUCACCUCGAGCCCCCUAAACAGGGCUAAGAGCUCCCUGCAUGAUGGAAACACAGAUGGAAAGGCCCGGCAGCUGGGAUCGCCACGCCUCGGCAUCGCUAGUUUGACCAAAACCUCAGACUACAGGCCUCCGUCCUCCCCGUCCCAGAGGUGUAAAGUGUACACUCAGAAGUGCGUGAUGCCGGCAACACCCUCCUUGUCCUCAAACACUCUGGCUCAAGACGGACAGGCCGCAGACGCCUUGACCUCGGACAACAGUUUGGCUGCAGACAGCGGCCGGUCCUCGACGGAGGACGUGCUGUCCAGGACUUCUCCGCUGGGCAUGAGCCCACGAGUGCGAGAGCCAACUCGGUCUAUGUCCGCCAGCCUGGGGUCAGCAGAGACCCUCUGUGACGAUGACGUCCCGCCGAUUCCCCUGGACACGCACAGGGACGCCUCGGGACCAGCGGCUGCCGUCGGAACAGUCGGAGCUCUUGGAGAGGAAGAACCGGUGUCCACUGUAGCUUCUGGAGGUGAGGAGGACCUUGUUGUUACAGCUGUGACGGCGGCUCGGGGACCCGCCUGUCGGCCAGCGAGCGUCGUCGGCUUCACAGAUGACUGUUGCCCCUUCACUGCCCUUGCUCCAGGCGCUCACGCGUCCCGCUCCGUCAGUACCAGCGGGGAUGGAGCCGUGGAGGAUUAUCACAUGUCUGCAGGUCCUGCGACCACCUCGGGGGUUACGGAUGUGGCUGCCAUGGCAGAGGUGGCCAUGGCCAAGCUGCGGAUGGAGGGUGAAUCCUUCUCCACAGUGAUGUCUAACUGUGGCUCCCCCAUCUCCUCCUGGAUGAGUGAUCUGAGCAUGGGCAGUGAAGCUGACCAGUCCCUCCACAGCUUCAGUCAGUCCCAGAGCCAGCAAGGGGAGGCCCUGGCUGAACCUGAACCCAACCAGAGCCUUUCGUUGGGAUGGGAUGGUCCGGGUGGUUGUGAGAACGGUCGCAGCCUGAGAAGGGGGAGCCUUGAGGGAGAGGUGGUGCUGUCAGUAAAUGGGGCUAAUAAGGUCAAUGCAACCAAAGACAGGCGGAGGAAACUGCCUCCAUCCAUGGCUAAAACUAACAUCCACAUUUUUGCACGAUCUGGUAACCUCUCCCCCUUCAAGACCACCAUCAGUGUGCACCCAUGUGCGACGGUCAGACCCAUGGUUCUACAGGAACCAACCAUCCUCUCCUCACCUACCAAGACCCCGUAUUUGCCCAUGAAAGACGCAGGAAAAUAUAACGCACCGCUCUUAGCUUCUAUGUCCAGUGAGAUGAGCUUUGAAGACCCCUGGUUGAAGCGCGUUGCGGAGGAGGGGAGGUCCAGGGAGCUUGUGUGUGAAGUGAAGCCAGAGAAGAGGGACAUGGAGCAUUCAAAAUGUCAGACGGGAACUGCGGCCGGAGACCAGCGGAGCUUCUGCAGGGAUGGUGGGGAUCACGGCAGCUCUGGUUCAGGUGGGGAGAUGGUGUCGUCUCCCGACUCCUUUCAGAGAGUGGUGGAUGGCUGUGAGAUGGUGGCCGUUGCUGCCCGUGAAUGUCUGCCGAGUGUCUCCAGCCCAGACGUCCACCGCGCUGCCAGUCUUCCCCGCGGCUGGCACCGUCUCAACCGCCACGACGGCUUGGACGUCGGCAACGAGUAUCGCAACCUCGGGGUCACCACUUCGACCCCCUGCAGUCCUCGAGCCACGCUUGACCGCCGCGGGUCCACUGGAAAACUGGGCUUUUUCUCCCACAAGAAGGGGGGAAUCCCACCUCUGCCACCGAUACGCAAGUCCAGCCUGGACCAGCGGAACAGGGCCGCCGGCCUCCUCCACCAGCCCAGCCACGGAGCGUCGUUGCCGGGCGUCUUGGCAGAUGACGCCGAGGUCGCCAGACAGCGAGGCUCCAGCAUCGACAGCAGCAGACUCUUCAGCGCCAAGUUGGAACAGCUUGCAAACAGGACCAACUCUCUGGGUCGGGUCCGCACCUCCCACGGUGGUUCCCACCACUACGACUGCUUCUCUCUGGAGAGAGGGGGUGGCCUGAGAGGGGGAGGAGUCGAGGUGAGGGGGGACAGCACCAUGCCUCGUACCGGGCGCAGUCUCACCCGCGCUGGGUCAGUAUCUUCUCCCAGUGGGAACGUCAGCAGCCCCAGUUUCAGUGGCGGUCCCGGGCCAAGCAGCGCUCCACAGUCACCGGCCAAAACCAGCGGCCCGUCAAAGAUCUCAGCGGUCAGUAAGCUGCUGAUGAGCAGCAGCCCCAAAACCAGGAGUCUGUCUGCAUCCAGCACCAAGACUCUGAGCUUCUCCACCAAAUCUUUAAGCCAAGCUUCCAGCCGCAGCUCCAGCCUUCCUCCCAAUGGAAAGCCCCAGAGCUCGGUCCAGGGCCCUGUGCAGCAGCAGGGACCUUCCCCUGGACCCUGGUCCACCCAGUCUUUAAGCCGCAGCCGAGGGGCAACCCUGGCUGCCAAGCUGCCUCUCCGGGCCGUCAAUGGCCGAAUCUCAGAGCUCCUCCAGGGAAGUGCAGGCUGCCGUUCCAGGAGUCAUGCCCCAGGAGCCGGCACAGAUCCAGCAGAGGAAAGAGGAGUCGGAGGAGCAAGUGGAGGAGGAACAGGAGCAGGAAGUGGUGGAGGUGGAGGUGGUGGUGGUGGUGGUAGUGGAGGUGCUCCGGUUGAGGAGAAGAUAGCAGUGGUCCAAACGCUGCCCUCACCCUACAGCAAGAUCACAGCUCCCAGAAAAGCCCACCGCUGCAGCAGCGGCCACGCUAGUGACAACAGCAGUGUACUGAGUGGCGAGCUCCCCCCGGCCAUGGGGAAAACGGCCUUGUUCUAUCACAGUGGAGGCAGCAGCGGCUACGAGAGCAUGCUGAGAGACAGCAGCGAGAACACGGGAAGCACCUCCUCCGCCCAGGACUCUCUCAGCGAGCACAGCUCGGCCACCACCUCCUCCAGGCGGAGCUCCAAGAGCAGCAAGAAGAGCAGGAGCAACACAGGCCUGCUGCGUCGUCGUCUGAUCCCAGCACUGACCCUGGACUCCUCCUCCUCCUCCUCACCUUCUCACCGCUCCUCCAAGCAGGCCAUCACCUCCUCUUCCUCCUCCUCCUCCAGCCCAGGUGCAUGCUGGGUGGAUGGUCCACUGGGGCCCCCGACUCCCUCGAACCUCCGCGGGACGACCGCGACGACGGAAACCUUUGAGAUCAAGGUCUACGAGAUCGACGAUGUCGAGCGACUGCAGAAGAGGAAAGACAAAGGAGGGGGCAAGGAGGUGGUGUAUGUCAGCCCCAAGCUCCGUCUCUUGGAACACCGUCAGCAGAGAAUCAGUGAAGUCAGAGCCAAGUACCAGUGUCUGAAGAAGGAGCUGGAACAAACCAAACAGCACCUGAUGCUGGAGCCGCACAAAUGGACCACCGAGUUCGAGCUCCAACAGGCCUACGAAGUCGACUCCCUGGAGUACCUGGAGGCUCUGGAGACGGUGACGGACAAGCUGGAGACCCGCGUCAACUUCUGCAAAGCCCACCUCAUGAUGAUCACCUGCUUCGACGUGUCCUCGAAACAUCGGUAGACAGACGGAGGGAUGGAGGGAUGGAGAGGCCGACACGCAGCUGGUCUCAAUUAGAUGACGACCUUUGGACCAUAUGCCCACCGAUUAAUCAAAAACCUUUUACGAAAUAUCUCCUACACAAAAACAUCUCUCAUCAGAUGACUGGAUAAUCGCAAGGAGGGAUACAGGAAUGGCCGAGCACUCAAACCUGCAUGUCAUCCUCCAGAUGGCCGUCGGCAGAAGGACAGGUGGGCGGGGAGGUGGAGGGACGCGAUGGAGAAUGGAGAUAGAUAUUUAAUAAGCCGACAGACAGAUGAGUCCUUGUUUUCUCUAUCUUGGGGCUUGGAAACAAACCUCAGACCCAGAUAUUGACCAGCAUCAUGUGAAAGGGCCACUUUGAGUCAGAUGAAGACGGCUGCUCCAAGAAACAUAGCCAAGACAACGUGAGUUUCCAGAGAUUCCGAAUAAUUACACCGCUCAGACAACUGAGAGGAGAAGAGGGGAGAGUCAAACAGAAACUGCCCAUUUUUUAAACAAAGAAGGAUGAAUAAAAGGUGCAGGAGGACGAGAUGAACAAUUUCUCAUCUCCCAUCAUUUUUAGAAGAGCACUUUUUAGAGUUUAAAUCGAGUGCUGACUACAGAGUGACCUGGUAUUGUUGUGCAGUUACUAAAGGAGACUGACCGAGGGAAAGUAAACAUGAUUUAGAUAAGUGCCUUGUGAACAUCUCAACGAUACCAAGACCAAUUCUCUCUCUCUCUCUCUUUCUCUCUCUUGUGUACAUGCAGUAAAUAUGGUGCUAGCGUAGAAAAACACACAAAAGAUCAGCAUCCUUGGGGAAUCUUUGAAUUUAUAGCCAUUUCUAACUGUGCCGUUUAAAUGUUUCACGAUAUCAUAAACAAACUAAUACUGUACGUUUGAAUGGUCUUUGGUACGCCGAUGAGAGAUGAGACGAGAUUUAAACUAAAUGAAAAAAAAGAGAAAGAUCUACAGAACAUAGAGCCACACGUCCUCUUUAAAAACAAAACACAUGUUGCAAGGACCAAAUAUCCAAUUUAAUGUACACAAGAGAAAUGUGUGUUUAGAUAAAAGAGAAAAAACACAAUUUUCUAUGGUGAUGUUUUUGACUUUACCCAUAAACACCUGCAUCUGAGCAUCUGAAUUUUGACCCUCGAGGGCAUCCAUACAGCAUGUUUCUCCUGAUACGGAGUUGAAGGCUUUUUCAUGUUCAUAAAGCAAUGAAACGUCUCGAGUCGCACAGAAGUGGACAUAUAUAAAGUGUAUUCUCUGAUCCAUCCAUUGACUUCUGUCUGUUAUUUGUAUCCGUGUUGUUCUGCUCUAUUAUAAAAAGAAACUGAAUGAUUUGUCAACGUGUGUGUUUUAUAUUAAUGUAUCAUGUUUUUAUUUGUGUACAAUGGGACCACGUAGAGACUAUGUAUGAUAGUAAGAGAAUCAAAGUAGGUUGAGGAGAUGUUUCAGAGUAAAUUGUGAGGAACACAAGAGAUAAGCUCAUUGAUAUUCAGUGUUAAAUGUCCUUUUUUAAAAGUAUUAUUGGAACAAAGUCGCGAAUUCAGCCUGAAAAUACAGUUACAGUUCUUCUAUUAAAAGUGCACAUACACGAUGAAGAAAUAAUACAAAAAUAUAUAUGUAAAGGAAUGAAACAGAAAGAAAGAAAGAAACGGAUAACGGCCAAAUUAAGACGCAUAGAUCUCUGCCUGGUUCCAUUUUUGUUUUGGACAGAUAGCAACUCUUAAGAUUUGUUAAUAUUAUCUAUGGUGCUUGAGAUGUUUAUGAUCUAAAUGUUUGUACAAAUAUAGAUAUAUGAAAGCCCGUUUCCUCUCUGAAAUACGGAACAAUACAUUUCGAAUGCUUCUUCUACAUUGCCUUCAUCACGUUGUUCCCCACGCUCCCCUCUGAAUGUCUUCUGCCCCAGCAAACAGAGUGCAUUGUGGGAGAUUGUUUGUUGUUUGAGAAGUUUAAAAGGAAGAAUAGACAGCGACUGUAAUGAUGCUGGUAUGAUUUGUCCAAAGCGUUGAAGUUACACAUGUAUCUGUAUCCUAAAAGAGCCAACCCGAGUGUUGAUGGUUGAUCUUCUCACGCCUGUGUGACGAGGCAGCAGCCAUCAUUUCAUUUGGUUUACACUCGCAGUGACGGCAACGAGAUCAUCCGAGUGUUUUAUUAUAAAUUAGCCCAGAAACCGAGACGCUUUUGACCGACUGGACCUCAGGAGCUUCUUCCUGUUUUUAUCUCCCAGUCACGAAUGAAGGUUUAUUUAUUUCUACUCACGAGCGCAAAGUCCAUUAUUAAUUUGUCUUAUUUAUUUACAACUCACAAUCUGAAAACGUUACUAUGCAUUUAAGAAAAUGGAGAGAGAAAAAACAACUGUACAUACUUUGCUGAGCCCAUGUCAUAUAUAAAUAUAUAUACUGUACACAUAUCAUAUAUACGCUCAUUUUUAUUUUAUAUAUUUUCUGUUGAUUUGGUUUGCUCCUGUUGUUCCUGUUGGAGAUCUUAAAUGGGCUUUGGGUUUCCUAAAACAUUCACUGUCAGGAUAGUUGUGUGUCUCCAGAUCAGAACUUUAAAAUGAUGGCACAGAAGAACGCAGUGUUGUUUUGAGUGAAAUGUCCUUUAAUUCUACAGCCGAGGGUUAUUAGCAGUGGAUGUUUUGGGAACCCCAACCUCUGGAUGAGCUAAAUGGCCUGGACUUGUUUCCAGAUGUGAGAUGCUAUGUGUGAGGUUAUGUCCUGAUGUGUCACUGCCAAAUCUACUGCGGUAGCGCUUUAUAAUUCUCGCAAUAAGUGUGACAAAAAGCUGAGGUUUUGAUGGCCCCUAUUGUUUAUAGCUAACAUCAUAGUCCAUGUAAGCUUAAUAAAGGUGCCUUUUUUUAUUAUCAGAAGCAGCGAUGCUAAAAGAGAUGCACUCGUUGUCAGGUGCUUUAAAUACAAUGAUUUAUGGCAAACACACAGUCUAAUGCGCCGUUAUGUGUUUAUGAAUUAUAACGUGUGAUCUGGAAAUCUGACACAUAGCAUCUCUAGGUUCAGUAUUGUGUGUUUAAGGCGGUCUCGGAGCACAUUUCACACACAAAUGAUUUUAUCUGGAGCAGUUAGACCAUUUUAAUUCGUAUCAGUUUUAAAACAACUGGUUAAAACCAGUCUGUGUGUCAGCUUGAGUUCUUUCUUAUAAAAAUAACCUAGCGUCAGGACACACUCAGUGUAAAAGAUAAAGAUGUCACUGGGAUCCUAAUGUCGGCUGCAGAUGAAAUGUUUUUGAGAAAUGUGAUCUGACACUGUGUUAAUGGGAGAGCAAGAUAGAGGGAUGUACAGUAAAUAAAGAAAUGUAUGAAAAGAG